AUGAUGAGGAUUAUACGCGCGGCAUGUGAUGUGGUGCGCUCAUGCUCUGAUGAUGAGGAUCAUACAUUGCUGGCGCCACUGAGAGCCCUUGCUCACACCAUCCCACCCUUUGCUCGCUACCGCCUCUCUUCUCUGAUCGCCAAGCCAAGAGAGUCAUCUCGAACGUACAUUGGAUGCUUCCAAAGGGGAAUUGUGAUUACUAACCCCAAGAAGAAGUGGUGA